GUUAAGCAUACAAUACUCCAAGGUCUACGUUUCCUGUCCUCAGCCUUCAAUCAACUUUCUAUUCGCGUUCAAGCGACCACAGACCGUACCUCCUCAGCAAGUGUUGCAAACUGUUACAAGUAGCUUUCCGCUUAACGUGCACUAGCUGCCAGGACUCAGUAAGGACCACAUAAGGAUGCUCUCCACACAACCGCUCAGCGCUGGGCCGACGUCACGCUCAACUGCGCGGUCCACGUCGCUGCGCAACGGGACAGCGGGGCUACGACGAGUACAGCGCGUGCAGCUUCGAGCUGUAGCGGUGCAGGCCGGCUCCUCACCAAAUGGCACCGGGGCCUCACCGCCCGCCGCGGUGCCGGCUGUGAAGGACUACCGCGUGUCGCUCUUUGACGCCAUGAAGUUCAACGGCCCCGCGCCCGAGCUCAUCAACGGCCGCCUGGCCAUGCUGGGGCUGGUGGCGGGCGCCUGGGAGGAGGCACACGGCGCGGGCCAGACCUUUGCGCAGCAGGCGGCGCAGCUGCCGCUGGCAGAGCUGCUGCUGCUGGGCGUGUGGGUGUACGCGUCACUAGUGCCCAUUCUCAAGGGAGCCAAGAUGGAGGCGUUCGGCAUGUUCACGCCGCGGGCCGAGAUCACCAACGGGCGGGCGGCCAUGCUGGCGCUGGGUGUGCUGCUGCUACUGGAGGACAAGGCCGGCGUGCCGUUCUUCUGAGAUGUUCGGAGGGGCGCUGGGCAGGUGGCGUUGGGCAGGUGGCGCUGGGCAGGGCAGGGACUAUUGGGGUACUACCAGGCAGGAUGUGGACGCGUUCCAAGUCGUAGUGGUGGUGAUGGUGGCGAUGGAGGUCAUGCUGUGGGUCGAAGGGUGUGCGGCAAAAGCUUAGUACCAGUCUCCGGAGUUUGCAGAACCUUUAGAAAUAGGUCUUCAGGGUCGGGCCGGAGCUUCCAGGUCAGGAUCGGGUUUGUCGCCAACGCUCCAUUGUUGCUGGGAUGGCUUGAACGGAAUCAGUGCCGCGGUGUCCGGUGCGGCGUGUCCAGUUGCGAACGUGGGCUGGAAUUGGGCGGCACAGCGGCCGUGGCUUCAGAGCUUUGGAGCUGGCUGGUGGCCUGGUUCUGUCUGUUGGAGCCGAUGGGCGGAGAGCUGUGGGAGGUGCGGGCAGAGGUGCGCGUGUGUGGCCAGCGCCGCAGCGGUUGAGUACGUGUGGCUGUCCAGUGUCCAGAGUUUCUGCCGUGGGUGCCUGGCGGACAAGAGGCAACAGCGCGCCGAGGGCGAUGCCCCCGCGUUGACGGACGGCCCAUGUAAGUAUUGGCUAAC